AUGUUCAACUACAUUGUUCUGGCGGCGACUCUGUCGCUGGCCUGUCCAGCCUCAGCCAGCUAUGCCUUCUACGUCGGCAAGAACCUCACCAAGGAUGGCAGCGUUAUUGUCGGAGGCACUGGAGAAGAGGUCUCUAGCCAUUGGCUUCAGCUCUUCCCAGCCCGCGAUCAUCCACCAAACGCGACCAUCAGCGUCGGUGUCACCAAGGAUGCUACCUUUCCCGGAGAACUCAUUCAGAUCCCCCAAGUGAACCAUACCUUACGAUACAUGAGCAUGGAAUACUCGGACUAUGAGGGGUUUCCAGCACCAUUGACGAAUGGAGGUCUAAACGAAAAGGGAGUUACUGUUCGUGAUGUUUGGGCGGACAAUCGUGAGGAGCUCCUCGAAAUGACGCCGAAUCCUCAACACGGCUUGCAGUACAGCGACUUGGCCCGCAUUGUCAUGGAGAGGGCCAGGACUGCCCGUGAAGGCGUCGAAAUUAUUGGGGAUCUGAUCAAAAAGUAUGGCGAAUCGACUUACGGCGGUAACUCUCAUCUCAUUGCCGACAAGGACGAAGGUUGGGUCGUUUGGGAGAUGGCUGGCGGCAAGAAGCUCUGGGCAGCGCAACGACUGGGACCCAAUGAUGUCAAGGUUCUCUACCCGGGAUACAUCGAGGACUUUCCCGUCAAUUUCGCCCGUGAUCCCGACUUUAUGGGCUCUGACAAUAUUGUGUCGUUUGCUGUUGAGCAAGGGUGGUGGAACGAGAGCUCAAGCAAGCCAUUCAACAUCUUCAACGUCUACGGGCCUCAAGAUCCUCGGUACAAGGCCCGCGACGGAGGAUACAAAUUUAUGUCGCAGGCUGCGCUGGAGAAUGCUACCCUCAAGAUGGUGCCUGUGACAGAGGAAAAGAUGAUGGAGAGGGUUCGAGAUCCUCGGAUCGCCGACGACGAGGCUGGCUAUGGUCAGGUUGUCAGCCUUCAUGCCGGCAUCGAUCGCGACAUGCUGCGGAUUUGGAAUGCCCCGACUGGUUCUGUGUCGGCGCCCUUUGUCCCCUGGUGGCUUGGCGUUCAGUCAAUUCCCCCAGAGUAUGGCGAACACCGAUACUUGACCACCGGUGCCUCGAGCAGCUUCCUGAACCCAGACUAUCAACUCCAGGAAGCCUCCGAGUUUGCUGGCCGAGUGUUUAAGCGGGUGCUAUAUUACAUGUGCUCAGACCCGAACCGAUACCACCCAAUCGUGACAGACGUUCUCAAGGACUUUGAGACCGCGUCUAGGGUUCAAGUCCAUGGCUGGGUGGAAAAGACAGCCUUGACCAUGAUCAAGCAGGGCGAGCGGGAAGCAGCACAGAGUCUACUGACCUUUUAUUCGCACACUCGUGCAGCUGAGGCACUUGAGAUCGGGCAUACGCUGAACAAUGCUCUUGAUGGCUACAUUAAGCUGACUGGACAUUGGCGUGGUCCUGUAGGCAAGGAGAUUAAUGAUAGCGGAGAGGGCAACGAGACGGUCAAUUGCCUGGUAGGAUAUGACCCGGACAAGCCCAAGGAUUUACAGCCAAACCCCAAAUAG